AUGGGUAAUCCUUCUGCGGAACGUUUCAACCGCACUCUUUUACGUAUGCUUGGCACGCUGAACGAUGAUCUUAAGGCCAACUGGAAAGAUAACCUUCCAGCCCUUGUUCAAGCGUACAACGCAACUAAAAGUUCUUCUACAGGUUUCUCCCCUUAUUUCCUUAUGUUCGGCUGGCAUCCCCGUUUGUCUGUUGACGCUUUUAUGGGCACCAGUCCGGGUAACCUUGCUGACUCUAAUUAUUCCAGCUACGCCGCAAGGUUACAGAAACGUAUGCACAAGGUUGCCAGAGAGGCAGCACAAAGGCGAGCCAGCCAGAACAAGGCCCACUAUGACCGUCGUGUUCACGAGAAUAAGCUUGUCGUUGGUGAUAUCAUUUUGUCAAUUUCCACUGACGAGGAGUCACCUGCACCUGAACCUGUCCCCAAAGCAAGACUGAGGACCAGAGCAGCCCCUACUGACAAGGAGUAUGAUAGCGACACUAGUUCGGAUGAGUCAAGUUCCUCCGCUGUCUAUAUAAUCCCUCAGCGUCGAGGUCUCCGUCUUUUCAGUUCUCCUCAACCGCCCACACGCGUCAAUUCUUUAGCCCCGUCCUCUCCUUUCCAUACCCCUCAUAUUGCCACUCCUCCUACUCCCAGUCCUGUCCCGUCCAUACGUACUCCUGACCCAGUUAUUUCUAGACUUAGUCCGAGUCCUGUUACUCCCAUACCCGUGCCCAGGCCACGACGUACUAAACGUCCGCCUGAUAGGAAUGGCGAGUGGGCUUAUCAGCAAACAGCUGAAUUCUUUGUUUGA